UCCCCGCGGCCCACAGCGCGGGCGCCGGGCUUCUUCCCACGUCGCGGGCUCUGGGCGCUGGCGUGUCAGCCGCAUCCCAACCGACGGGACGGAAGAUGGGGGCUGCGGCCGCCAGGCGCUGCGUCGAGUGGCUGCUGGGCCUCUACUUCGUCUCGCAUAUCCCCGUCACGCUGUUCAUCGACCUGCAGGUGGUGCUGCCGCCCGAACUGUACCCGCAGGAGUUCAGCAACCUGCUGCGGUGGUACUCUAAGGAGUUCAAAGACCCUCUGAUGCAGGACCCCCCAGUGUGGUUCAAGUCCUUCGUCUUCUGUGAGCUUGUGUUUCAGCUGCCCUUCUUCCCCAUUGCAGCCUACGCCUUCUUCAAAGGAAGCUGCCGGUGGAUCCGAAUCCCUGCAAUCAUCUAUGCAGUUCAUACGAUAACCACUUUAAUUCCAAUCCUCUAUACAUUUCUACUUGAGGAUUUCUCCAAAGAUGUUGCUUUCAAAGGACAAAGACCCAAGAAUUUCCGUGAACGACUAACCCUCAUAGGUGUCUAUGCCCCCUACUUAAUCAUCCCCCUUAUACUCCUCCUGUUCAUGUUGCGGAACCCUUACUACAAGUAUGAGGAGAAAAGAAAGAAAAAAUAAGGAACAGCCACUAGCCCACUGGGAGAGAUCCCACAGCCCAGCUGCCUUUUGGACACUACAAGAAAAACUGCUGUGAAGCCACGUUUCCGCAGCCCUUGAAACACCACCACUAGUGCACAAGGAAAGACAGUGGCACAAGCCAAGCCCCACCUUCCAAGGACUGAACAGGCCAGCAGCAGGGAUGGGACCAGCAAAAUGGUGCCCAAGUUCUGCCACAGCAUUGCUAAAAAAACGGGCAGAGAAGAAGCCGGUUAGCUCCUGACCUAGAAUGCACACACCUAACUAAAUCCUCGACUCGCCCUCUAUAGCUGAUCACUAGUCAAGAGAUGAGCAGUGGGUGUUUCAGGCCACGUGAAUGUCACAAAUUCUGUCUCUUUAACAUCCAUGGAAACCUGCCAUGGUUUCCUGCCUGUGCCUCACCUCUGGGAGAAAAAGAUACUGUAGCACAAGUCUAUGCCAGAAAUAUUGACAGUGGAAGGUGGCCACUUCCAGGGCACCCCAUCUUCCGGUCAUCCUGCUAGUACUUGUACUUUCCAACUCUGACGUCACACCACUGGGCUGCCUAGUAGACAGCUUUGCCCUUCCUCUCUGCCUGGUCUUCCCAGUUUGUCCAGAGUGACUGUCCCAGUGUGUGUCCGCUCUUCAGUGGCUCUCCUUACAGAAACAGAAGAUUGGUGGGUGCUAAGUGCUGCUGUUUCUCACAAGCCACAUUGCUGGGGUUAUUACUGACUUGUAUGUCUGGUCCAAAUAAAGGUAGCUGCAGAUCACUGCCUGGUUUGUUGUGUGGAUGAUGGUGUUAGAACACUUGAGUUCUCAGAGGGUGUGCUAACACACACAUAGCACCAGAGAAGAAAGACCACGCCAUUUGCUAAUGGUAUUUAUUGCUUUUCAUUGAGAGCUUUUUGAAUUUACAAAAAAAAGAAAAAGUUUACAGGCUGUUUAGUUUGUGCAGAGAAUGCAAGAGGUGAGGCCCUGUGCUGCCUUGCCACUGCCCCAGAGGUACCCCACAGGUAUCCCACAGCAACACUGCCUCCUUAUACACUGCCGUGACACACUUGGUCAUCAGUCAAUCACUGGAAUGGUACAGAGGUGGUUGGUUUGGGUGCUUUUUUACCUUCCUGCUAUAAAUAAUGGAAAUUUCCGUUCAUUUCUGAAAAAUAAAUUGGUCAAUAAAUUCA